UUUAUGAUAAGAUUCAUAAGCGAAAUGACAAAUCAAGAGCGACCUGGUGUUCAGUCACUUCCAGAUAUCGCUUGUAGCUUUAAGUGUUCGUCUGAAGGUGUUUACGAAAGUGGUGAAGUAUAACUUUCAGGCAGGAUGGCGUUCCUAAUCCCUCCCUUGCUCGAGAUCGCGAGUGCAACUGCUCUGACAGCCUUUGGUUGGAAGGUUGCAGAGGAAAUCCCCAACGCGAUUCGUGCGUUCAAGGACGACGGAGGUGGUCAAGUGCGAGAAUACGACCAGCGCCUCCUCGAUGCAAUGAAAGAGAUAGAGCAGCAGAAGAUAGAGAAUCAGAAAAAACAGGAUGAGCUAAUGAUGGCGAUGAUGAACACGGUGCUAAGACUCCAGGACACAUCCAGGUCGUCUCCAGACCACAAGGAAACGAGGAAACAAAUGGCGAAGGAAAUGAGAAAGAUUAUUGAAGAAAAUAUGCCGAAGAAGAAGGGAAAGGCUUGCUUCAAAGUUCUACAGAAUCGGAUGCAACUCCAGUGCAACGUUUGCAUGGAAAUAUACAACACUAAGGAGCGACUCGUCUUCCCGCACUGUGGCCAUACCUUCUCCCAGGACUGCCUCAAGAAAAUCAGCCGCAAGAAAGUUUUCAAAUGUCCAUUUUGUCGUCAGGAUAAAGAUCGCUUUGAAAACCUGCGCGUAAACCAUGCUAUAAUGAGCUAUUGGAUCCAAACUCACCACAAGACAAUGACGAAGACAACGAACGUGAACACAAGAAAUAUAAGACUAGAAACUGGAAUUGGUCAGACAACGAUGAUGAUGAUGACGACGAUGAUGAUGACGACGAUGAUGAUGACGACGAUGAUGAUUACAAGUACAAGAAACAUAAGACUAGAAACUGGAAUUGGUCAGACAACGAAAGAGAUUCGUAACGGAGAAGAAGACAAUGAAAAAGCUUGAAAAACAAGAUAAUAAUUUGGCCGUUGCAGCCUCAAAACGG